AUGGGGCCCCCCUUGAUCAUUCCCCCAGACUUUGCUGCGGCGCAGCUGCCGCUCUUAGCUGAGCUGCUGCAGAUGCCUGUGAAUGAGGUCUCUCCAGAGCUGCUACAGCACAUGUGGGAUUAUCUAGCGGAGGGCAGCUACCAGCAGCAGCAGCAGCAGCAGCAGGGAGGUGCAGCAGCAGUAGACACCGCAGCUGUUGAGAGCCUUCGCGGCUUCGUCGAAGCCAUUGUGGAGCCUCUCCAUACACCCGCCAGCUUCCGCAACGCCCAGCCCCUGCUGCAGCGUUUUGUUGAUGCCUUUGUAGCUCGUGCCUACUACCCCAGCAGCAGCAACAGCAGCAGCAGUAGCAGCAGCAGCAGUAACAGCAGCAGCAGUAGCAGCACCAGCAGAACUGCAGAAGUAGGGGAGGCUCUGCAGAGCCGGAGCAGCGGCCUCACGGGUGUGGAAGCAGCAGGCGCAUUGGAUCGCAGUGCUGCAGCUGCUGCUGCUCCUGCUGCGGCUCCUGCGGCAGCAAGUCCCCCAAGAACAUCGAGUGCUGGUGCAGCAGAUGCUGCUUCAGCUACACCUAUGGAGGCCCCCUGCAGCAGCAAACACACCGACGACCCUCACGGUACACAUGUAGCUGCUGCUGCAGCAGCACCAACACAACGCUCCGCAGCAGCAAAAGACCCAGCGAGCAGCAGCAGCAGACCCAGCAGCAGCAACAGCGAGAGAAUGAACCACCAACGCAGUCAGCCCCCAAAACCUGGCAUGCAGCCGCAGCAGCAGCAACAGCAGCAGCAGCAGCAGUUGCGUCCGCAGCAGCAGUCGCGUCCGCAGCAGGAGUCGCGGCAGCAGCAGCAGCAGCAGCACAUGGUGCGGCAGCAGCAGCAGCAACAAAGGCAGCAGCGGCAAACGCAGCAGCAGCAGCAGCAGGGCAAUCCUAAUUUGUCGCAUGGACAGCAGCAAACCCAUAGACAGCCGCAACGCCCGCAGCAGGCACGGCAGCAGCAACAGCGGGAGCAGCCGCCUCAGCGACAACAGCAGCGUCAGCGCCAGCAGCAGCAGCAGCCGCAGCAGCAACAGCAGAGCGAAGAUGCUGCUGCUGGGUCCUUAGAAGAAGUUGAUUGGCCCGAGCCGCCGCCUAUCACUCGGCGAGUGCCGCGGAAGCAGCAGCAGGUGCUGCAGCACUUCGGUAUUGCUGCGUUCACUGCACCCUCCAGCAGCAGCAGCAGCAGCAGCGGCAGACGGGCUCGCAUGCAGGGCAAGAAAGAAGGAGGAUUUGCUGCCAGAGCAGCAAAAGAAGAAGCAGCAGCAGCAACUGCGACUGUACACUGUCUGUGUCUUGGUGUAGAGCACGGGGCUUACGGUGUCUGUCUUAGCUGCGGUUUGAUUCGUUGCCGCUUCGGCCUCAGCAGCAGCAGCAGCAGCAGCGAGGAGGCCAUCCGGUGUCUCUUCUGCGCUAACGAAGUCGUACCCAGUGCUGGUCUCCCCGCUAUCACUGCCUCAGUAGACGCCAGGUUGAAGGGAAACAGGGAGCAGCUCGCGCUGCUGCUGCAGCAGCAGCAGCAGCAGCAACAGCAGCAGCAGCAGCAGGACGAGGUGCUCCCCGAUAAGGUGGAGGCGCUGAAGGAGAAGAUCAAGGCCGACGAGGCUCACCUCAAGGCUCUGCGUCUGCAUCGGGAGUUGGUGGUGCGGGACGCGCAGUCGCUGCAGCAAACUCGAGUGUUAGAUUUAAGCAGCUGCUGGUUUGAUGCUAAUGUAGGGCUGCAGACUGAAGCUCGCGGAGACAUAUGGCUGACACCAGAGCAGCAGCAGGAGAAGCAGCAGCUGCUGCAGCGGCUGCAGCACGCCUUCAACUUCGAGAAAGGACGGCGAAAGGUGACGUUUGAUUUUGAGGGGCGGCGUGUGGUGGCUGAGGCCUCAACUCUGCCCGAGGAAGCGGAAGCUUUGCUGCGGGCCUUUGAAGAAAGGUGUGCAGAGCAAAACAUGCAGCAGCAGCAGCAGCAGCAACAGCAACAGCAGCAGCAGCAGCAACAGCAACAGAUUGAGGUGUGGGAUGACGAUGGCUUCGGUGGAGAUACACCUGAAGGCACCAGCGCAUUUAAAAGCACUUAUCAAGCGAGAAGGCAGCAGCAUCUGGAGCAGCAGCACUGGCCUGAGUUGCAAGCCAAACAGCAGAAGCAGCAGCAGCCAGGGAGUUCUUCUUCAGCUUGGCCUUCUCCCGAAGAAGACACUAAGCAGCAGCAGCAGCGGGGCCCCCCACUCCAAUGCAAAACUGCUGCAGAGCAGCUGCAAGAGGCCUGGAAUGCAAUGCUAGAGCGGGAAGCACCAGCAGCAACAACAGCAGAAGCUGAGCAGCAGCAGCAGCAGCAGCAGCAGCAGCAGCAGAACCCCUCCCCUCAUGGCUUAGCCAAUGACGCCUUAGACGGCUUCGCCCGCGUGCUGCUGAAGGACUUACAUGCUGCUGCCAGGCCCCACACCACCAAGGAAAAGGCAGCAGCAGCAGCAGCAGCAGCAGCAGCAGCAGCAGCAGCACCCGCUGAACGGACAGGACCUUCUGUGGCAGUACGAGCUGUAACUGCAGCAGAAGCAGCAGCAGCAGCAGCAGCUGAAGGAGCCAAGAAGGGAGCAGCGGACAGGAGCAAAAAGAAGACAGAAACAGCAACAGCAAAAACAGCAGCAGCAGCAGCAACAGAACCUGCAGCAGACUCCGAAGCAGCCGAGGCUGGGGGCAGUGCAGGAGAAGCAGGAGAAGCAGCAGCAGCAGCAGCAGCAGCAGCAGAACUCGAGGAAGAUACAUUUUUGCGUGGGCGUUGGCGCAUGCGUGGCGACGGGCAGCAGCAGACUUUGCUGCAGCAGCUAAAGGAGCAGCAGCAGCCGCAGCAGGAGAAGCAGGAGGAAGCAGCAGCACCUGUGCUGUGGGGUGUGCAGCAUCUGCAGCAGCAGCAAACUGAAGCUGCUGCAAGGAAGAACAUUAAAGAGAAGCUGUUCCGAGUGCAUGCAGCGAGGAGCGACGGAGGAGCCUUCGGGGCCCUCAGCAGCAACGACGAAGAGACAGACGAAGAGACAGAAGCAGCAACAGAAGAAGAACAAGAGACGCAUUAUGACGCCCUGUGGAUGGAGGCUGAAGACCCAGAAACGCAGCAGCAGCAGCAGCAGCAGCAGCAGGAUGAUGAUGAAGUCGGCAUCGCGUUGACGGUGCAGCAGCCGCUCGCUUCUCUGAUAGUUUUUGGGUUCAUUAGAGAAUUGCAGCAUGCAGCUUCUUCCUAUAGGGGCAGGUUGUGGAUUUACGCAGCAGAAUCUGCUGCCAGCAGCAGCACGGAGGCUUCGUCUGCGUUGCUGCAGCAGCAGCAGCUGCAGCAGGAGCUGCAGCAGGCAGCAGCAGAAGCCUUAGGCGAGAAGAAUCUCUCUCAAUUUGCUGCUGUCUCUCUUCUAAAGGAAAUCAGCUGUCCCUUCGGGUGUCUCCUCGGCUCGGUUCGCCUCGCUGCAUGCGCUGCAGCAGAGGCUGGGGAGUCCUUUGUGCUGCAUCUGCAAAUGCCGCAGCGGCUGAGGGUCCCAGUGAAGAUGCGGGGAGGCGAGGGUUUCUGGUGUCUGCCUCCUUCGCUGUUGUCUUCUCUUUCUUCUUCUUUGCUGCCUCCCCGCUGGCCGUCUUGCUUGGGGCCUCAGCCCCAGGAGACAGUAAAGCAGCAGGAGCAGCAGCUGCAGCAGCAGCCUGUGCAGCAGCUGCAGCAGCAGCAGCAGCAAGAGCAGCAGCAGCCAGAAGAGGAAGAGGAGACAUUUUGGUGA